AUGCUUUUUAAACAAUGGAAUGAUUUCACUGAACCAAGACAUCACAUCGAUGCACCCUUGGAUGAUAAUGAAGACCUAGGAUCUUUGAAAUAUGAGGCUCUUCCAAAGGUUGAACUAGUGAAAGAUUUGGACAUUUCAGCUUACAAGAGGGCCAUCAUUACGACAAAGGUCUUCAGAUCGCUAUUCCCGGGAAACUUGAAUAAUGGCACCAUCGUUUCCACUUUCCGCAUUACGUGGAGCAUUGGGAAUAAGGAAGAGAGCUUGUAUCGCGAUGAUUUUCAGCUUCGAGAAGAAAGCUUACGCAAGGGUAAUGAGAAAGUUUUGGAGUUUCCAGUGAUACAAAUCGAUUCAGAAACCGUGGUGAUUAGUGUCGCUGAAGAUUUCAUGCACGUCCCUCCCAUUGCCCUAAAUCUUCUGUCCCAACAGAUUGCGAAGCUAUUUUCAAAGCCUCUGGACAUAAUUGUGCUGGGAGCAAGUGACAGGAUCGAAGAGGUGAAAAACCUAGCGUUUAAGACUAGCAAGCCUAAAAACGAUUUGAAUAGUUUGAUCCCACCCGAGUUUUUGACCAAUUUCAUUGCUAGCGUGGUCACACAACUAGUCUUGGGUAAUAUACCUUUCCGCGGCUUCAUCGCACCAAGUGAAGGUCCUUCGGGAUACGAAAAACUGUCACUAGAAGCCAUGGACACCCUUAUAGUGAAAUGUUGGUCAGAGUUUGCCCUAGGCGACAAAGACACUUACUUCAAAGAAUGCCAUCGUAACUGGAAAUUGAAUGGUACCGCUAUGGGCGCCCAUGCAGGGCUGUAUUUGUAG